AUGUUGAUCAAGUCACUGUCUGGUCUCACGGAGGCCACUAUCUUGGUUGGACCAUCCUUCUCCAACGGGACCAUGUCCGAGGCUGGCCCGUCGACACCAUCAAUCAAGAGAGCUUGCGAUGCUUGCCAUCGUAGGAAGGUUAAAUGCAUUGGAGAUGGAACGAAGCCAUGCAAGAACUGCACAUCCGCCGGCUUGACAUGCACCUAUAAUGCCAUCCCACAAAAGAAAGGACCCAAGGGCUCCCGAGCAAAGGUCAUCUCGGAGCUUCGCGAGAACCAGCGCCAGUCCCAGCUUGCUGCUGCACAACUGCAAGACGUCCCAGCACAAUCAGCAGGAUAUCUACCACGGAGCAGACUGGUCUCUUUCGACAUGAUCACAGCAUGUGUUGACUACUACUUCGCCAACCUCUAUCCGACGCAGCCUAUCCUUCACAGGGUUCGUGUGGGUGAGACGAUUGGUCAGAUGGACAACAAUGUUGAGGCAUACUGUUUGGUCAUGUCACUGUGUGCGUACAUGAUGAUCCAGCCGAACAUGGUUCUUCCACCUGGAGCAUUCGAAGGGCUGGAUGUCACUCCACAAUCAAGUCUGUCGCUGGGUAUAACGCUCCUACAAGAGACGAUUCGGGUACGAAAGGCAUACGACUAUGUUGACAGCCCGACUGUAUGGACCGUCAUCACAUCGUUCUUCCUGUUCGGCAGCAAUUUCUGCCUUGACAAGCAUAAUACGGCAUGGUUCCACCUCCGCGAGGCCACGACUCUGGCGGAGCUGAUGGGCAUGAAUAGCGAGGAGCACUAUCAAAUGAUGGACCUGGCUGAAAGUUCGAGAAGGCGAAGGCUAUACUGGCUCUUGUUCGUCACAGAACGUGCAUACGCCCUACAACGACAUCGACCGCUGACCUUGCAUGCCACUAUCAAUCUACCGACCCAUGACGAAGAUCCCGCCGAGACUGUCGAGCUCAACGGCUUUAUCCACCUUGUCAAUCUGUUUCGUCCUUUCGACGAUACAUUUGUGGGAAUCUGGAACAAGGCUAAGAGUGGAUGUACUACCCACUUCCUGGAGCAAGUCCAACAGCAACUCUGUGAUGCAUUACCGGCCUACCUAUCAUGCACCGAGAGUCAAGCCGUCGAUCUUCGAUGCUCUCAACAAUGGUUACGGACUAUGGUGUGGCAGCUAUCCAUCAGCCAGGGCUUCCUCUCAUCAGCUGCCGGUGAAUCGGCAAUGUCUUUCAAAUUCCCCAUUGAAGUCUCUCGAGAUCUUGUGGCAUCAACUAAUCAGUUCACACAGCAGGCUAUGGAGGUGCAUGGCAUUGGACUAAUCGAGAAAUUGUUCGACAUUGCCUGCACAUUGACGGACGUCAUGUCCUGCGUCCCACUCGAACAGCAUACAUUCGAGUACGGUCCACGAGACUACCUGAGCCAACUUAUGGCUUUGAUAUCGAGCUUGCGGGGUGGCCAGCAAAAAUACAUGCCGCUACUACUCAGCAAGAUCAAUGAGAGCAUGCCUGCGAUGCCAACACACGGCUACGCACUCCCUCCACGGGUAGAGGACAUCUACGACAGCAGUCAAACACAUAGCAGCGGCCCGAACAGUGGCGUAUCCUCGCCCUUCGGGAGUCCACCACUCGGUGUACCAGGCUUUGGUCCGAGUCCGAACUUCCCAUUUCCAGACAUGGCAGGCCCGCCCACGUCUGCCGGAUUCGCUUCUACCAUGGCCACGAGUAGUAUGCCGUAUUCUGACCUGGCAAACACACCGCCCGUGCAUAUGUAUCAGGAUCAAUCUAUGUUAGGAUAUCCAGGAACUCCUGGACAUAUGAAAUACGAGAGUGGAUGA